AUGAAACUGAAGGUGAACUGGAUCUUUCGCUUGUUGGUACUGAACAAGUGCACGGCAUCAGUCACCUUUGGUGUUGGCUACUUCGGCCAUUUCUUGUCUUGGUUCUGUUGGGUUCUCGGGUUCUAUCAGGUAUGGGUUUAUCGCGAAUGUAUUGAACUGUUCAACUGCUUUGGUUCUUUCAUCGCUAAAUCUAUCAGUGUAAAUGUCGACGUCGGGAUGAUUGAUCCUAAUAGCGGCUGUACGCUUCUGCUGGGUGUUCUGGUGAUCGCUGGUGAUCCUCUGGGUGUGGUUCGUCUGCUAAAGGGUGACGGUAAUGGUCCUAACCCUGUUAUUCGUCUAUAUCUCUCUGUUGUUGAUACAGGUGUCGAUGUUCCUGUUACUGGUGUCUGUGAUGCAGGGGGACUGCUACCCUCAUCUGCGCUUUCAUACUGUUCUUCACCGGAUGUGAAGGUGUCGGUUCUUGGUUCGGGUUCUGAGUCUGAGCUUUCUGCUGGUGCUCAUAGUGUCCAACAGUCUGACUCUCUUCGAGCAGCUGUGAUUUCUUUUAGCUUUUCGAGUUCGAUCGAUUGUUUGUCUACCACAGUUCUCGUUGUUGAGACAAAGUGGGUGACUACAAUGUUCGCAGCCCUUAAAGCGACACAGAGUAUGUCAGGAACUAUUUCCCAUGCUCUUUGGGCCACUGGAGUUAGUGUCUUUGCCUUUUUCAUUACAAAGGCUUGUAGUUCUUUGCCUUUUUCAUUACAAAGGCCUGUAGUUGUCCGCUUUUUGGACUACAAAUCCACUAACUCCAGUGGCCCAAAGAGUGUGAGAAACAGUUCCCAACGUCAAAACGACGCAACUGGCAACCGCAACCAGUCUAGACCGAUCCAGAUAUCAAGGGACUGCAACCGGACCGCUUUAGACCAGUCCUAA